GGCCCAACGCCGGAGGCUUGGAAAAGAGAGUUGGCAGCGGGAGCGGACUACGUGCCGGGCCAUGGCCCUUCUGCCCGGGCCCUGGCCACAAUGACCUCUUUGCCCUGCCCCCUCCCCGGCCGGGACGCCUCCAAAGCUGUCUUCCCAGACCUCGCCCCUGUCCCGUCGGUAGCGGCUGCCUACCCGCUUGGCCUGUCCCCUACAGCCGCAGCCUCCCCCAGUUUGUCCUACUCCAGGCCGUAUGGCCACCUCCUGUCUUACCCCUACACCGAGCCAGCGAACCCCGGAGACUCCUACCUGUCCUGCCAGCAACCCGCGGCGCUCUCUCAGCCCCUCUGCGGACCUGCAGAGCACCCUCAGGAACUCGAGGCAGACUCGGAGAAGCCGCGGCUGUCCCCGGAACCCUCCGAGCGGCGCCCUCAGGCCCCGGCCAAAAAGCUCCGCAAGCCGAGGACCAUCUACUCCAGCCUGCAGCUGCAGCACCUAAACCAGCGUUUCCAGCACACGCAGUACCUGGCGCUGCCCGAGAGGGCCCAGCUGGCAGCGCAGCUCGGCCUCACCCAGACCCAGGUAAAGAUCUGGUUUCAGAACAAACGCUCCAAGUAUAAGAAGCUCCUGAAGCAGAAUUCUGGGGGGCAGGAAGGGGACUUCCCUGGGAGGACCUUCUCUGUGUCUCCCUGCUCCCCACCCCUCCCCUCCCUCUGGGAUCUACCCAAGGCAGGGACCCUGCCCACCAGUGGCUAUGGCAACAGCUUUGGAGCCUGGUAUCAGCAUCACUCCUCAGAUGUCCUGGCUUCGCCUCAGAUGAUGUGAAUCUGGGGAAGGGCGGGUCAGGCCCACAGCCUUCCUGCAAAGCCCAGGACCCAGGCAGUCCACCUGCACCCCUUCUGGGCUGGGAGGAAACCAGCUCCAGAUGGGUUUUCUCUGGAGGACAAGCAGUUAGAGGAGAAAAAGGAAUGGAGCAGAGCCUGUACCCCUAACCCUAACAGCUAAAUCAAGGACCUCAGCCUUAUAUAAUCAUUGUCCCCACCACUACCAUGGACUGGACACCUUCCCUCCAGCUGGACAAAGACUCUGGAGAGAGAGCCAUUGGCUGGAGUUGAGACUGUCCCCAGAACCCUUGGUCUUGCCACUCCCCCACUCCUUCUUCCCUCUCUCCCUUUCUCCUCCCCCUGCUUUCUUGAAAAGGACUGAAUCGCCACUACAGCCUGGGUGCAAAAUCAGCAAGAAACAUUGAGUAUUUUUUUUUCUUUGUAUGCCUUUGGCCUUGCACAACCCAUUUGUGAGCAAAAGCAGAAGUGGACCACCAUCAGCUCCCACCCACCCAGCGAUUUUUCCUUGGAGGUCAGCCCGUUACCCCCAUAACUGAUUUACCUACUUACCAUACUGGGAGGUAGAAGAGAUGCAGAGAAAUGUGGAAUUUGUGGACCUAUGGGUAAUUUAUGCUUUCCUCCUAAAAAAAAAAAAAAAAAAAAAAAGCCCUCUUUCCCACCCCCUCCCCAUCUCCCCUUUUUGAAUAGAUAAUGGAUCCAAUUAUCCAUAUAAUUCAAUAGGUAUUUAUUGAGAGGCUCCCUUCUAUUCCCCAUCCCUAAUCCCUAACGAACCCACGGGCACACACUUUUGGAAACCUGGUAAAGUAACACUUGGGGGGAAAUGGGGACAAACUGGCUCUCUGGAUUAGUGCAGGUAUAGACAACCCAAAUAGGUGGGUAGGCCCAUUGAUUCAGCUCCUUGCAGCUGUCUCUGUUCAAAGGAACUGUGCAGAUUUAGAACGAAUUGGAGCUUGAGCUUCACACCACCAGCUUCCAGAGAUUAAAGUUUGUACAAAACAUUGCA